AUGUCUCAAAACUGUGAUAGUUACCACUCUCAGAACUGUCUUGGUCUGGGUCUGGGUCUGGCUCCAGGUCUUGGUCUGGGUCUGGCUCCAGGUCUGGGUCUGGGUCUGGGUCUGGGUCUGGGUCUGGCUCCAGGUCUGGGUCUGGCUCCAGGUCUGGGUCUGGCUCCAGGUCUGGGUCCGGGUCUGGGUCUGGGUCUGGCUCCGGGUCUGGGUCUGGCUCCGGGUCUGGGUCCGGCUCCGGGUCUGGGUCCGGGUCCGGGUCUGGGUCGGGCUCCGGGUCUGGGUCUGGCUCCUGGUCUGGGUCUGGGUCUGGGUCUCUGGCUCCCGGUCUGGUUUACAUAA